AUGAAGCAACUCGCUAUCUCCUUCUGCAUCAUCCUCCCCCUUGCCUGCUUCUGGGUUCUUAACGCAGAAGACGCACAACAAGCCCCAGAACUCCGUGACGCCAACACCACAGUCUUCCGUCAGAAGAGACAGUUCGGAUGUCCAUCAAACUGCUAUUCUUCCUGCAGUUCCUCCUCCCAAUGCCAAAGAUAUUCCGUCUCAGCUGUCUGUGUUCAAGGAUGCUGUUGCCCAGGAAACAACAAUCUUGAUACCGCCUGCUCCGGAGGACCAGCCGUCGCCGCUUGCCUCGGAGGACUCUGCGGACAAGGAUUCUUCUGCUCGAGCAACAACUACUGCUGCAGAUGUCAAUCUGGAAACAGCACUGGACCAUGUGUGAACCAAGUCUGCCCAACUGGAUUCAUGUGUAACACCAACAACUACUGUUGCCCACUCGGAUCAGGAGGAGUUCUCGGAUCAUGCGUCAACGGAGUCUGCCCAACUGGAUACACCUGUGGAGCUGGAAACUUGUGCUAUUUGAGCAGCGGAAAGUAA